CAGCAUAAUGGGAAAGAUUAUCUUCUACGAGGACAGGAACUUUCAAGGCCGUUCCUAUGAGUGCAGCAGCGACUGUGCUGACCUCCAUUCCCAUUUCAGUCGCUGCAACUCCAUUCAGGUAGAAAGCGGGAACUGGAUGGUCUAUGAGCGGCCAAACUUUAUGGGUUACCAGUACUUCCUAAGUAGGGGGGAGUACCCUGAUUACCAGCGGUGGAUGGGUUUCAACGACUGUGUGAGAUCCUGCCGUAUAAUUCCCCAACAUCAAGGAUCUCACAGAAUGAGGAUCUACGAGCAUUCUGACUUUGGAGGUCAAAUGAUGGAGAUUACUGAUGACUGUCCCUCCCUUUAUGACCGCUUCCACUACAACGACAUCCAUUCCUGCAAUGUGCUUGAUGGAUACUGGCUCUUCUAUGAGCAUCCCAAUUACAGAGGCAGACAAUAUCUCCUCAGACCUGGCGAGUACAGGAGGUACAGCGACUGGGGUGCUAUAAGCCCAAGGAUUGGUUCUGUCAGGCGUAUUGCCUAUUAA